CGGAGGUGGCGGGGGGGAGUCGGCGGCGGCGGCAGAGCUGCAGCCCACGACAUGGAGCGAUGGAGUCUCAUUGCCAUCGUACUCGUUGUCAACCUCACGGUGCGUUGGGCAGUGUCGCUGAGCCCGUACUCAGGUGCUGGUAAACCACCCAUGUAUGGAGAUUAUGAAGCUCAGAGACACUGGCAGGAGAUUACGUUCAAUUUACCCAUCCAUCAAUGGUACUUCAAUACAAGCAACAAUAAUCUCAAGUACUGGGGACUUGAUUAUCCACCUUUUACUGCUUACCACAGUCUGCUUUGUGCUUAUGUAGCUGAAUCGAUAAAUCCUGAGUGGAUUGCUCUUCAUACAUCUCGUGGGUUUGAGAGCCUUGGGCACAAACUGUUCAUGAGAGCAACAGUGCUUGUUGCAGACUUCACUGUGUAUAUCCCGGCGAUCCUUUACUACAUCCAUCACUGUGAAGGUCCAGGGACUGUGAAGGUCUCGUCUUUGCUGUGUGCAUUGCUGUAUCCUGGACUUAUUCUUAUUGACCAUGGGCAUUUUCAAUACAACUGUAUCAGCUUGGGCCUCGCCCUGUGGGGGUUGCUGGGCCUUUUGAAAGACCGGGUCCUAUUGGGGUCCCUGGCAUUUUGCUUGGCUCUUAAUUAUAAGCAAAUGGAACUCUACCAUGCACUCCCUUUCUUCUGCUAUCUCCUUGGAAAAUGUUUGAGAGACCUGAAUGGUGGCGGGUUAACACGGUUGAUCAAAAUAGCCCUUGUUGUGUUGAUUUCAUUUGCUUGCUGCUGGCUGCCCUUCCUCACCAGUUUCCAGCAGUCUCUGCAGGUGAUUCGAAGGCUUUUCCCAGUUGAUCGAGGUUUGUUUGAGGAUAAAGUUGGAAAUGUAUGGUGCAGUUUAUCUAUAAUCUUGAAGGUGAAGAAGAUUCUAUCACAACAGACACAGAUUUGGCUCAGUUUUGCUGCAACACUUCUGACACUUUUGCCUACAUGCAUGAAGCUGACAGUUAAUCCCACAAUAAAGGGAUUCAAAUUUGCACUGGUAAAUUGUUCCUUGUCAUUCUUCCUGUUUUCAUUCCAAGUUCAUGAAAAAUCUAUACUUCUGGCAGCUAUACCUGUACUAUUGAUUCUACAUGAACUGCCCUUCAUGGCAACAUGGUUUUUGCUGGUGUCAACUUUUAGCAUGUUUCCCCUGUUGUUGAAAGAUGGGCUGCUCCUUCCUUAUAUCGUUACCUCCUUGGCGUUCCUUCUCGUCACAACAAAAUUGUUAUCAGCCUUUGAAAAAGUGUCCGUGGAGGAUCUGCAGCUCCAGCCAUUUUCACAGAGCUUGAGGAGGUACAUCCCACACUUCACAAUCUUGCCAUACGUGGCAAAGUUUUCAUUCCUUCUAUCAGUGAUUGCCAUGGCAACUCUUAGUUUGAUAAGCGUAACACUAGUUCCUCCACCACAACUCCCAGACUUGUUCCCUGUCUUGGUGUCUCUAUUUUCCUGCAUCCACUUCUUGAUCUUCCUGAUUUACUUCAACAUUCUGCAUCUGUCGGAGCCUGUGUGUGAGAAGCAUCAAUGGAAAGUGAAAUAAAGCACAACUUGUUUUAUUGCAGUGCAAAACAAGAAUCCAUUCCACUGUAUAUUACAGUAAAUAAAUGUUACUCUUUACUCCAAA